UGUCACUAACAAGCUGUCGACAUCUUUGUUUGGUUUGGUUGAAUUGUGUACUGUAGCUUGUGAUUUUCUGUUAUUAAUGUUUCAACCCUAGUAAAAGUCUCAAUAAUCUAGGUUAUUUAUUAAGCGAAAGUCGGUAUUCUAGUAGUCUCACAGCACGGCACGAAGCGAAGUUACCUGUCCGAUCAUUGGGUGUAGAGAGAUGGAAAGCGCGGCGCAUUGAUUCUGCGAACUGUGCGUCCAGUAUGGGCUCCGAAGAGAACGUGUGUCCGCAAGCAUGGGGCGGGCGCGGCGCCAUAGCGCGCGAGGUGCGGCGCCUGGCCGCACGCCCUCCCUCCGGCGUCAAGCUGCUGCUGCAGGAUGACGACUUGUCGCAACUCACGGCGCUCAUCGCGGGCCCCGCUGACACGCCGUACGCGGGCGGGUCGUUCCGCGUGCGCCUGGCGCUGGGCGGCGGCUACCCGGCGCGGCCGCCGCGCGCCGUGUUCGAGACCCGCAUCUUCCACCCAAACGUGUCGGCGGCGGGCGAGGUGUGCGUCAACACGCUGGCCCGCGACUGGCGGCCGGAGCUGGGGCUGGCGCACGCGCUGCUGGCGGUGCGCUGCUUGCUGAUCGCGCCCAACCCAGACUCGGCGCUCAACGCGGAGGCGGCGGCGCUGCUGCGCGACGACUACGCCGAGUACUUUGCUCGCGCGCGCCUCUACACUGACAUACAUGCUCUGCCCGAUUCUCAGGCGGAGGCGGGCCCCGCGGCGGCGACGGCGGAGGCCGGGGCGGCCACGGCGGAGGCGGGGGCGGAGGCCGGGGCGACGGCGACGGGCGGGGCGGGCGGCGCCAGCAAGCGGCGCGCGGCGGGCCCGCGGGCGCGGGACAAGCGCCGCAUCCUCAAGCGGUUAUGAGACGCCGCCACGGAGCGCCGCGUCUAACGAACUAUUAUAACGUCGACACAGUCGUUCCACCUUUCGAUCUUAAGUUAAUGAUAGUGGUUGUUCUUUGAUGUACCUACCUAUUAGUUUUUAAAUCGGUAAUAAACGUGUUCUUUGAGAAAACCUUUGUA